CAUUUUUGUAGGUACAUAUUGAACAGCAUCAAUGGCCAAUAGCGCUCGACAGAGGACUAAAACACGCUGGUCGGGGCUCAAGUCGCGAAAUUGACCGAAGCCCAUAUCUCGCAUAGGCGGUGUUUUGAGCCUAGCCCAAAUGCCGCCAACUUAGAUUCAUCCAUAGAGUAAAUCCUGACAGCGUCGGGCGAAUUCUGUUCAGUCCUGGCGACCGCGACAUUUAGCGUUUCGACUUCGGCUCUCGCUCGAAUUUAUGCCCCGGGACCAUUCAGGGACCAUUAUAUAUGCCGCAUGAUGCCAUUUUAGUGAUCAAGGGGCUUGGACUCACGCAGUCCCUAGGGACUUCCCCGAGUGGCAUUUGGGUGAUUGCGGGAUGGCCACCCGGACCCCAAACCCCAAUCCUCCUCACCUAUUCCAGAUCCCGGACCUUGUACAGCGAUCGCCCAUCCGCUGUCGCUCUAUAGUAGCCGGUGUUGGUGCCGCGCGCGCGGAAGCAGAACUCGACAUCAGGGUACCGCUUGAAGAACUCUGGUGUCAGCACCAGCAAGCCCGUGGCCGCUGGUUCCAGAGCACGCCAGGUCGUCUGGUCUUUCAUCUUGCCAUUCCCAGGCCGCUGCCACAGCUGGCGGCGGACGGUGCUGUCAUUCUCCGCUGUUCUCCGCUGCCAGCUACUCCUGCAGCCUAUCUACUCGGUACACAAGGGAGACAUCGUGGCAGCCAGCCCAGGAGAGUCACGCUCCUGGUUGCUAGAAUCAUCCACCAGCUCGUUGCGAAGCUCGCUACGUGCAAGUGCGCAACCACUUCCCCCUUCCCCUGUCUUGGUGUCAGCGAUCGCGCAUGCCCGCAUAUAACACAUCAGAUUUAAUAUAUUGUCGAGCGACUCUGGGCGGAUUGCUGAAACGGAAGCGAGCAACAUUCUGAGUAGAAGAUUCGUCUACGGUGGACAGGUCGGCCCAGUCUGGGGUGCUGGUUUGCGCACCAUUCUGUUUUGCUCUUGGCAGCAGCUGCAGUAAACCGCUGUGCGUGCGCCAUCGAUGACCGACUUGGCCUCUCACCAAGCGGCAGAGAGUGGGCCACACGGCCACACAGCCGCGACCGGGGUCUCGGGCCCAGCCGCAGGGCCUGGCGCGCAGGCAUCUGGGGUGCAGAGCUCCACUGGCGAGGGCCUUGCAGCAGAUGCGGCUCAAGCGGACGUGAGGCCAGGGCCGGUGGAGGCGAUGUCCUGCGCGGCCCCACCUGAGGGUGCGGAGCAGAUUGCUUCGGCCAGCACAGCGGAUGCAGGGCAGCAAAAGCAGGCAGCAGCAGGAGGAGAGACACAGGCAGACAGCUCUGAGACAGAGGCGGAGGUUGCGGCACGGCUAGCCCAGGCGGAGGAGUUUAAGCGGGAAGGGAACGAGCUGUUUGGAAGCGGGCAGUGGGAGGCGGCGUCCGUCAAAUACAACCAGGCGCUAGACGAAGCGCCCUCCUCCGCCGCCAAGCAGCGGGCCAUCUAUUUCGCCAACCUGGCCGCCUGCAACAUCAAGACGCAGCAAUACGCCGCCGCGGUGCAGAGCUGCACGGAGGCCAUAGCGCUGGACGGCGGCUACGAGAAAGCGUACAUGCGGCGCAGCGAGGCCUUUGAGAAGCUGGACGAGCUGGACCACGCGCUGGCAGACGCCAAGAAGCUGCUGGAGCUGGCGCCGGCCAACGCCUGGGCCAAGGCCAAGGUGGCGGCGCUACAGCCAGUGGUGGAUGAGCGCACAGAGAAGCUCAAGACUGAGAUGUUUGGCAAGCUCAAGGACCUGGGCAACAGCCUGCUGGGCAAGUUCGGGCUGUCCACCGACAACUUCAAGUUCGACAAGGACCCCAACACGGGCAGCUACAGCAUCCGCUUCGAGCGGUGAGGAGGAGCAGGCCCCGGCGGCCACGGCGGCGAAGCGAGUUGGAGUGGGGUGGCAGCAUAUGAGUGGCGCACGAGCGAGAUAGGUGCAUGAGGGCAUUGUGCCUGACACUUGGUCGUGUGCCAGCGUGAGCGCCCAUAUUGGGGCUGGGUGCUGCGGUGGAGGAGGCAUCGUGAAGUGGGUAACUGGAGUGGCAACGAAAUGGGAGAAGAGUGGGUUGAGUGCAACACUACCGUAAUGGGGCGCAGGCAGGAGGUAGCACCCCUGGCAAGUAGCGAUGACGCAGAGACCGUAGACGCAUAUACAUCCUGGUCGCUUGCUAUGGCUGCCCCAGUGUCUGCAUGUUCUGACAUGAUCGGCUCAUUCCCGGUUGCCAUCAACUUAUAAAGCCGUCCAGUCUAGGUCCGUAAUGUGAGCUAGCCCUAUUGCACUGUUCCGGUUUGCCUGUGCAGUGUGCAAGUCACAGACCAAGCGCACGAGUGCGCUGCGUUCUGGUGUACACGACAAGAUUAGCCAGA